UUUCUAUCCAACUUCACUUUACACUAAUUGAUAAAUAAAUUGGAAAUUUUUAGGGGGCAGUCAACUUUUUUUACAAACAUGUUGAUGUGGACAAGUUUUCAUUAAUUAUUAACUGUAUUUUAACAUAAAUCAGACUAAUUAUACCAUAUCUAAUUGAAAUAAUCAAUAAGUAUUAUGCCCAGAAGGCCAAUUUAGCAACUCCAUACCUAAAUUCAAUUCACCCAAACAAGAGUGCUAAAAUUAUGGAUUUUAUAAAAAAACUGAGAAGUUUCGAUGCCUACCCGAAAACUUUAGAAGACGUUAGAAUCCAGACCCUUGGAGGAGGUGCAAUUACCAUAAUCUCAAUGAUAAUAAUAAGUCUAUUAUUUUGGGUAGAAUUUUUAAAUUAUAUGACUCCGAAUGUAACUGAAGAAUUGUUUGUAGACACCUCCAGAAGCCCCAAUAUUGAAAUUCAGUUAGAUUUAACCAUACCCAAAGUAUCUUGCGAAUUUUUGGCUCUGGACGCUAUGGAUUCUAGCGGGGAGCAACAUUUGCAAAUAUCACAUAAUAUAUUUAAAAGAAGCCUAGACCUAGAAGGAAACCCGAUAGAAGAACCAAUAAAAGAAGAUAUUACAAUCAGAAGUAAAAACGAAACUAUUACCGAUGUAGCUAGUCUAAAUAAAACUGAAUAUUGUGGUAGUUGUUAUGGGGCCAGGGAAGGGUGCUGUAACACUUGUGAAGAAGUCAGGGAGGCUUAUAGAGCAAAAAGAUGGGCAUUAGACAACGUCGAAAACAUUGAACAAUGCAAACACGAAAAAUUUAGUGAAAAAUUGAAAUCUGCUUUCACCCAAGGUUGUCAGAUUUAUGGCAAUUUAAUAGUUAACAGAGUAAGUGGGAGUUUCCAUAUAGCUCCAGGAAAAAGCUUUAGCAUAAACCACGUUCACGUACACGACGUCCAACCAUUUUCUUCAACAGAAUUCAAUAUGACGCACAAUAUUAGAGGAUUAACUUUUGGUGCUAGUAUAGACAGUGAAACCCAUAAUCCGUUAAAAAGUUUUGUUGGUAUUGCUACAGAAGGUGCAACCAUGUUCCAAUAUCACAUAAAAAUAGUACCAACUUCUUAUGUGAAAAAAGAUGGUUCUGUGAUUCACAGUAAUCAGUUUUCUGUGACGAAGCAUCAAAAAGUUGUCUCGAUAAUGAGUGGCGAAUCUGGUAUGCCUGGUGUAUUUUUCCAAUACGAACUGUCACCUUUAAUGGUUAAAUAUACAGAGCAUGAAAGGUCUUUAGGGCAUUUUUUGACAAACGUUUGCGCUAUCAUCGGAGGAGUUUAUACUGUGGCAGGCUUACUGGAUACGUUUUUGUAUCAUUCAAUUAAAAUUAUACAGAAGAAGAUAGAGUUGGGAAAGUUACAUUAGGAAAGUGCAGUAGAUUUUAUAUCAGGCUUUUCACUUUUGGCAAAAGCCUUUAAAAACAAGUCAUUAUAGUUGUGUAAAUAAUUAUUGUUGCUUUAUAAUUAUAUUUUGUGAUACUACUGUACAUUUUUCAAUUUUUAUGUUCCAAUUUUGCAGUAGAAUAUUAAUGUAAUUUGCGUGAAAAAAUUGUUGGUGACUGGGGUAAAUUUAUUAUUUUAUUUGUUUAUUUCAAUGUGUAAAUACAAAUGUGUUUUAA